AUGCGGGGCUGCCAGAACUGGCAACCGGCAAAGUUGCUUUGUUGUCCCAGACUUCUGGUGUCUCAUUGCGGGCUGCUGCGAAAACAGGUCACCAAGUAUCUGGGCCAAAGAGCCAGCAGCUCUGCUGCAGGCUUCUGUAGGGUUCGUGCCGUGGCCAUGAGACGCUUCCUGGCUGUUGUAGCAGCUGCACUCCUGGCACUCCUGAUUCCUGUCAGGCCCUUCCGUGGCUUCAUCGCGCCUGGGAGGGGUCAAAGCUCUCCUUCCCGAAGACCUCUCACGAAGGCAUGUGAAGCAGCGGCUGUGAGCGCGCACAGCCCUGCUCACGAUGCGCAUGCUGCCACGAGGGUCCUCGCAGGAUUGGCGCUGGGCUUGCUCCUUGGAGCGGUGAGCGUGCCGGCGCUGCAGGCCCACGAGUCUGAAGUGGCACAAAACUGCGACCGGUCGCCCCGCUACCAAUAUCAGGCAACUUUGCAGGAGUUCACGCGAGCCAGUGAAAUCCGCAGAAAGGAGAGGCGCCUCAAGCUCGUACAACAGCAGCUGAAAGAGCACGGCAAGGUCGAGAGUCAGCAAGAGCUUCACCUGGCCCCGGGCGAGAAAUCGGCCGUGAUUCGCAUAGAUUCCCUUCGUUCGAUGUACAGUGAGGUGCUAGGAAUGAAGGCUGACUUUACCAUGCCUAGCACCAUCUGGGAGCAGCUUACAGCAAAGCCAGACCCCAGCUUCAGGUUACGCAGGAAGCCCAUGUUAUCACACAUUCUGCUUGCCCUUGGCAUCGCAAAUGUUUGUGCUUCAGUAGCCUGGGUCAUGACUCGACGCAGCCGGCGCUUGUGGCUGGGCUUGCUUGCAGCAGCCUUCUCGCUGAAAUGCGGCAUGCUCCGUGAUACCGUCAGCAAGGCCGAGGCCAUGGUUUUCCGGCCUUGGCGUCCCAAAGACGAGUCGCCAGACAGCACGACUCUCCCCGCAGUGACCACGCUGCUGGUCGGAGUGUUCAUAGGGGUGGGCGCUUUCCAGGACUACCCGGCAAUGCCGCAACUCUUUGAGUCCGUGAAGGACAAAGCCUGGAGAAGCUCCAGAAAAGGCAGACUCUCUGAGCGAUGCGCCCGAUACAGAUCCAUCUCCCAUGAUGCUGGGCGGCGCUUUCGGGAUCAAAGUGAUUCUCGUGACCCACAGAAGUCCAAGAUGUGCCGGCAGCCAAGUCCAUGA